UUGAGGAAGACCAGACAAAAAGAAGACAAACUGUUGAGAAUGCCCAUCAUGAGGUGCUCUCUGUUUGUGGACUGGGUUUUGGUCUCCAUCUUGGCUGCAGCCACUGUUUCCACAUUUGAUUCAACAUUGGAUGAAGCCUGGAUCAACUGGAAAUCAUUGCAUGGGAAGCAAUAUAAAAUGGCUGAGGAGGUCUACAGAAGAGCAUUGUGGGAGGACAAUGUGAGAUACAUUGAACGGCACAACAUGGAGUAUGCAAUGGGAAAGCACACAUUCACUGUGGGAUUGAACCAGUUUGGAGAUCUGACCACGGAGGAGUUCAGUCAGCGUUUCAAUGGAUUUAAAGAAAAGAAGAUUGAUCACACAGCGUGUGAACUCUUUGCAGCAGCAAAUCAUGUUAAAUUGCCUCAGAGAGUUGACUGGAGAACAAAGGGUUUUGUUACUGAAGUGAAGGACCAGGGACAAUGUGGCUCAUGCUGGGCUUUCAGUGCAACUGGAUCACUUGAAGGACAGCUUUUUAAGAGAACAGGAAAGCUGAUUUCUCUGAGUGAGCAGAACUUGGUUGACUGUGAUUGGAAAAACUGUAACUGUUGUGGUGGACAUGUACAAACUGCUUUGGAGUAUGUAAAACAAAAUGGUAUUAAUUCAGAACGUUCCUAUCCCUACACAGAAAAGGACGGUGAAUGCCACUUUAACAGAAGUGAUAUUGUCACCCGUUGUGCGUGUGUGAAACGCAUUCAACAAAAUUCUGAGCAUCAACUCGCUGAAGCAGUGGCUCAGGUUGGACCCAUUUCUGUUGCUAUCGAUGCAGAUCACAAAUCUUUCCAAAAUUAUGAAGGCGGUAUUUAUUAUGAGCCAAACUGCAGCAGCACAAAUCUUAAUCAUGCAAUGCUAGUGGUUGGAUAUCAAGACGAUAAACAGGGGAAUUAUUGGAUUGUUAAAAACAGUCAUGGAACAGACUGGGGCAUGAAAGGCUAUAUCAAAAUUGCCAAGGACAGGGGCAAUCACUGUGGAAUCGCUCGGUUGGCACUUUACCCUGAGAUGGAAAUCUCAAAGUGCCAACGCUAACACCAACCAAAAGGAAUCAAUUGCUUGCCUGGUGCUGCUGAUUUUCUGUCUAAUCUUGAUGAGUAUCUGUCUUGCUGCAUCUCUGCAUUGAUAAUGCUGCUUUAAUCACGUCUGGAUGUUCCAAAAUGCUUUGAUUAAUGAAGUACAUUAUGAAGAGUAGUCACAGAUAAAGAGAGUGAAAAUCUGUUUUCAAUAAAUGAAACAUAAUAAAUGCAUGUGCUUGAAUAGUAAGAUAAACAGCAAGGCCAUUGCCCGUUGUGCACAGUAACAGGGAAUGACUACAUUGUCUAACAUUCAGGUAAUGGCCUGAAGAUGUUAUUUGUGUAAAGCAUUGGAUAUAAAGUGUGACAGCAAUCAA